AUGGACGCUCCAUGUAGACUGCGUCUCACGUUUGGCGAGUCGCCACUUGAUGUGACGAUGGAUAUGAAUGAUGUGAAUACCUGGAUCAGCACUGCUUGGCUUCCCGACGAGAUCAUCAAUGUCGACAUAUGUCCGCAGACAAUAAACCUACCUCGCCGAUACUCUUUCAGAUACCUACGCGUUCAAAUCAUCGAUACCUCUCCUAAGUUCAAGGUAUCGUUCUCGAACAUACAAUGCGAAUCAGUCAGCGCCGUCAGUCAAGACCAUCACGUCGAAGCAGUUGAGUUUUCAGAUCCUCUUCUGCAAGACAUCGACCACGUUUGCAUCUCCACACUACGAGACUGUAUGCAAACCGUAUUCGAAGAUGGCCCGAGACGCGAUAGGAGGCUGUGGAUUGGGGAUCUCCGCCUACAAGCGCUGGCAAAUUACAGCACAUUCCAGGACUUCAACCUUGUCAAAAGAUGUCUUUUCCAGUUUGUAGUAGUUCGAAAUGCGGAUGGCUCAUUACCAGCCUGCAUCUUCGAAAAGCCCACGUUGACGGCUUCGACAGACUACAUCGCCGACUAUGACGCUCUAUUUGCCGCCAUUGUUUAUGACUAUGUUGAGGUUUCUGGGGACACGAGAACCGGGAAUCUCCUUUGGGAAACUGUCCUGGACUGCCCAAAGCGAAUGCUACGCAGUCUCAAUCUUACCUCCUUCGCCUUCGAGGCUGAAAGCAGCAAGCACUUUAUUUUUCUCGACUGGGCCAAAGGUCUUGAUAAGAGCGCGGGAGCACAUGGCUUGCUACUCUAUUGCCUGAAAAUUACGAAUAAGCUCGCUAUGCAGCUGAAUAAGCAGCCUCCGUAUGACGAAUUGAUCCUCAAGAUGACAGGCGCUGCGACUUCGUUCCUGAAGGAUGGUGUCUUUGUAUCUGGAGAAUCCCAGCAGGUCAGCUUUGCGUCAGCUGCGUGGCUAGUUUUAUGCGAAGCCUUCCCUCCAGAAAUCGCCCGAAAAUCUCUCCUCGCCACGCUUGCACAUCCAGAAGCUGUGAAGCCACUAACCCCCUAUCUAUGGCACCACGUUUGCGACGCUCUCGCAAUGGUUGGAUGCUAUGACGAAUGCGUGGAUCUUAUUAAGUCUUAUUGGGGCGGUAUGGUGGAGGCAGGGGCUGACACGUUCUGGGAAUGUUAUGAUGCGGAGGAUUGUAUGGCGAGUCCGUAUGGGGAUGUGCGGAAUAACAGUUGGUGUCAUGCUUGGAGCUGUACGCCGACAUAUCUGCUCAGGACAACGCUGCGGCAGACGGUUAAGGCGAGAGGCGUGGGUAAAGUCACAAUUGAUGAGCUAGAUCAAAGGUGGAUUAAAAGGUCUCUCAGUGAUGUUGUAGGAUAA